GGCGGGGGCAGGGUCUUUCCCCGUACAGCCCCGUAAGGAGGUCGGGGAGUGGGUGGAGGGACUCUGGCCGGCUCUUGGGCUCUGCCAGUCAACGGCGGCGGCGCACCGGCGCGCGGGCUAGCGGUUGGGCACGGCGGCGAGCGGGCAAGCGAGAAAGAAGCGCAGCGGCAGGAAUUUGUCUCAUCUUGAUGACCAAUGUUCAGUGCUGUUGUCUGUUCAGGCAGAGGUUGGGGGAAGGAUCUUAACAGAUCAAAACUCGAAGAAGUAUCGUGUGAGCGAAGUGUGAGUUAGGUGUGUUCACCUCAUAAUAGACAAUGACUACUGACGAGGCCACCAAGAACGAUGGAGAAAAUCCAACAGUUGCUCUUUCUGAACGAGGAGAAGACAUUACUCCCAAAAAAGACCGAGGUGUACUAAAGAUUGUCAAAAGAGUGGGGAAUAAUGAGGAAACACCGAUGAUUGGAGACAAAGUUCAUGUCCAUUACAAAGGAAAAUUGUCCAAUGGAAAAAAGUUUGAUUCCAGUCAUGAUAGAAAUGAACCAUUUGUCUUCAGUCUUGGCAAAGGCCAGGUUAUCAAGGCAUGGGACAUUGGAGUUGCCACCAUGAAGAAGGGAGAGAUCUGCCACUUACUGUGUAAACCAGAAUAUGCAUAUGGCUCUGCUGGCAGCGUCCCCAAAAUUCCCUCGAAUGCAACCCUCUUUUUCGAGAUUGAACUACUUGAUUUCAAAGGAGAAGAUUUAUUUGAAGAUGGAGGCAUCAUUCGAAGAAUUAAGCAGAAAGGAGAAGGCUACUCAAACCCAAAUGAAGGUGCAACAGUAGAAAUCCAUCUGGAAGGCUCUUGUGGUAGUAGGACAUUUGAUUGCAGAGAUGUAGUAUUUGUUGUUGGAGAAGGGGAAGACCAUGACAUUCCCAUAGGAAUUGACAAAGCCCUGGAGAAAAUGCAGAGAGAAGAACAUUGUAUUUUGUAUCUCGGACCACGAUAUGGCUUUGGAGAGACUGGGAAACCUGAAUUUGGCAUUGAGCCCAACGCUGAACUUGUAUAUGAAGUUAUUCUUAAGAGUUUUGAAAAGGCCAAAGAAUCCUGGGAGAUGGAUACCAAAGAAAAACUUGAACAAGCUGCUAUUGUCAAAGAGAAGGGAACAGUGUACUUCAAGGGAGGCAAAUACUUGCAGGCAGUGAUUCAAUAUGGGAAGAUUGUGUCCUGGUUAGAGAUGGAAUAUGGUUUAUCAGAGAAGGAAUCUAAAGCUUCUGAAUCCUUCCUGCUAGCAGCUUUCCUUAACCUGGCCAUGUGCUACCUAAAGCUUCGGGAGUACACCAAAGCUGUCGAGUGCUGUGAUAAGGCACUUGGUCUGGACAGUACCAAUGAAAAGGGCCUAUACCGGAGAGGUGAAGCCCAGCUGCUUAUGAACGAGUUUGAGUCAGCCAAAGGUGACUUUGAGAGAGUGCUAGAAGUAAACCCCCAGAACAAGGCUGCAAAGCUGCAGAUCUCCAUGUGCCAGAAGAAAGCCAAGGAGCACAACGAGCGGGAUCGCAGGAUAUAUGCCAACAUGUUUGAGAAGUUUGCAGAGAGAGAUGCAAAGGAAGAGGCUGGUAAGACAGUAGGUGAUAAAAUGUCAGAAGGGGUCCCCUCCAAGAAGAUGCAAGCUGUAGAAGAGCCAGUAAUGGAAGACAAGGACUUGGAAGACCAUGUAUGACAAAGUACAAAGGAGGGAGAGGGAAUCCUAAUGAAUUCAACCCCCUCCUCAAUGACUUCUGCAGAACUCAGGAUGAAACAAUGUUUAUUGUCAAGUUUGUUAUAGUCUAUGUGAUUCUGGACACAAACAGGCAAACUCGUAGCUUCCCAGAAAAUAGCCCCCUGCUGCUACCCAUUGCCCUCACUGAAGGGUCCACUGCAGGUGGUACAAAAAAAUAGACAGCAGCUGUUGGGGUGAGGAAGUUGGACCAGCAGCCUGAGUCCAGCUCAUUUGAGUUCAUGUCCCAACUUUUUAUAUCCAAGUUAGAGUACUCUAAGACCCUAGCAAUUUGGAACUAUUUGUUUGGACCCUACAUCUGGUGAUCAGAUUUAGUUAUGCUGUAGAGAGGCUUAGGACAAUUUAGAGAAUCUCUCCUUUUAUUGGGCUAUGAUCUACAUCUUUGGAGGGAGCUCCCAAACCAAUGAGACCACAGAUCCACUUGAGUAUUUGUGUGGGGAGGACAUUGGAGUUUGGUUUUUUGAAAUAACUGAAGUACUUACCAGUAUGACCCUACUGUUUUUAAAGAAGAGAACAAAUAUGAAGGAAAAUAGGCUGAGAUCAACUUGUGCAAACUACAUGGCAAACAGACCUGAGAGCUAAGCCCAGGAGGGGCCACCUGCUCCCUUAGCCUCCUCCUACCGACUCUCAGAUCCUGCAUUGCCUUCAUUUGGGUCUCUACAACCAGUUAGCCUUUCAGCAAACCAUUUGGGUUAGACUGUCCCCAUUUGUUAUUCAUGAACCCCCUCUCUCCUGCCACAGUGACUAGCAGACAGAGUUUGGAUGUUAGUUUUUCCCUUUUUUGGAUGAAGUCCUGAGAUACUGAAAUGUGAAGGAAAAAAGGAAUAGCUGUUUCUUUUCUUUAUCUCUUUCUCUUCAAAAGUCAUGCUAGAGGGAGGGGGGGAGUCAUACCUCCUGUUAGCACUGCUACUGCUCAAUUCCUCAUUUCCAUCCUAAUCCACAUUUUUAGGAAUUUAAAAUUUGUUCUUAUAAUAACUUAGAUCUGGAGUGGAUUUAUUUACAUAUCCAUUUAGAACCGAUACAACUUUUUGGGUUUUGUUAUUUAAAAGAUUACCAGAGUAUAAAAACAUAUUGGAUUGUUAAGAGUUUCGUUUACUCUGUUGUGGGAAAAAUUUGCUACUUUGAAAAAAAAAUAACAUUCUGUUACUUAGUUGUUUUUUUUUUUUAAACCAAGCCUAUGGGAUUUGGGCCUUUGACUUAAGGAUUUUAUGUUUUACAUAUGGGUUUAGCAUUGACAUCACUACUAGUAGCCAUGUUUUCUGUGUUCUGGACUGGGUGACAAGCAGGGAGUGAGCAAUGUGCUCAUUAUCAGUUAUCAGUAGAUAACUCAGGCUAGUUCCUAUCAUCUACGCACAGUACUGUGAGUACACUAGUUUUAUUUUUUAAAUAUUUCUAGAACUGAUCUAAAUGAGAUAAUAAAAAGAUUCAAAAGGACCCCACAUUGCAGCUCUCUACCUGAUGCCAUGAACAGUGUAAAUACUAUUAAAUUAGCAAUUUAGAACAAUCCAAUAUUUAUUAAGCACCUACUAUGAGCAUAGAGCAUUGGAAUAGUUGUGGGGGGAAAUUAAAAAUAAGAUUGCCCCCUACCUGCAUGGAAGCAAGUCUAGGAAUAUGGAGGGAGAGAUGUGACAUACAUACAUACCAGUAACUACAGUGAAGAACAGAAAGAGACGUGCAUAGGAGAGAUGCAAAGAUCAGUAGUACAAGAACUCCCAGGACAGAAAAUUCAUUCCAACUGGGGUGCCUGAGGAAGCUUUAUUCAUUCUUCAAACUUAUGCACAUCACUUUCUAAAAUCUUAGGCAACACUGUCAGUUCUUUUUUAAAAUCUUUUUUUAAAUACUUGUCAUUCUUUUGAAAUUAUCAAACUAAGUCAUCCCUCUACUAUUAGUUUCUAAACAAACCUGCAAACUUCUUUUCCUGUACAUUUCUCCUUUUGAACAGAUCUGGUAAAUCCUCUCCUGGGGUGUCCUGCUCUGAUGUUAACCAAAGCCAUACUGAUCAUUUCUCUCAUUUUUCUCUUGUAUCUUCACCAAAUAUUUCUGUAGGAAACCCCAAAAUCACCUGAGAAAACGAAAAGCCAGGAUUCACUUUGCUCAUUUGUACAGCUGCUUGGUAUUGAUGCUCGGCAGAUUAGAUCUUGGUGCUCAGAAGGCCAGAGCUAUGGAUUGGUUUCCAUACAAUCCAGUUCACUUCUCACUAGGAGAAGUUUAUUUGUUGUUGUUGUUUCUGGAGCAGAACUAACUUCAGCCAACUAUUUCCCAAGCUCUGCUGCUAGUUUCAAAGAGGGCUGGGCAAGUUUGCAAAACCAACAUUACUAGAGACCAUCCCUACUACUGGAAAACUGCUCACGUAUCUGACUGAAUCAAUAAUGUUGGCUUUGCAUAUCAAGGACAGCACAUUUCAUCUAUAAAGUAGAAGUCCCUGAAGCAUCUUUCUCUAGAUGGAGUACAGAGUGGUGAGUCUAUUUCCCAUAAAUAGAAAAUUAUUGUAUAGACUUGGGUUAUCCCUUUUUUCAAAAUGAAUAUUUUGAAAUGGGAGCAGGAUUGUAACUUAAGCCCGAGUAAACUUCACAAAAGGAGGUGUUUUCUCAAUUGUUGCUCUAAGGUCACCCUCCUCCCCCCAAAAAAAAGUUGGUGAAGGGGAAAGAAGGAGGAAAGGUAAUGGAAUCAAAUCAAUAGAUUAUUCAUGUUUUCAAAAUAAAUUGGAAUACAUUCUAUCUUUAUUCUGAUUUUAUAAUAGGUUCAUUGGAGAAAUUACAAGUUUCAGUAAGAAUCCACUUAAAUUGAAUUCUUUGUGAUUGACAUAUCUAUCUGAUACACACUAUGAUGAAGUGGAAAAAUUACUAGAUUUGAAAUCCAAAGACUUGAAUUCAAAUCUUAGGUGUAAUCUUAGUUUCCUUAUUUGCAAAAUGAGAUUGGACUAAACAGCCUUUAAGGUCUCGUCCAGCUCAAAAUCUAUGAACUUAUUAUAGCAACCUCUUUUUACCAACAUUUAUAUGCAUCCCUUCUAACUCAGAAAACCCAAUAGGUAGAAAAUGUAUUUCACUUGUACAAAAGACAGAUUGAAUCUUGUUGGAGAGCAGAAUUCCGUAAUCUUCCUUCUUUUACACUGAACAUCACAGAGGUCCUAGCCUUCAGUUGCAUUGGGCUAGGGUCUUGGGAUUUUAAAGUUCCUAAUCCUUAUCAUUAGUCAUUUUUACAGUACUUUCUUCAGCUUUCAUAUUUUUAUUGAACAGAUGUAUUUUUAAGCCCUUCCCUUCUAUCUUAGAAUCAAUGCUAAGUAUCAAUUCCAAGGCAGAAAAGUAGUAAGGGCUAGGCAAUUGGGGUUAAGUGACUUGCCCAGGGUCACACAGCCAAGAAGGAUCUGAGGCCAGAUUUGAACUGGGACUUCCUGUCUCUAUGCCUGGCUCUAACUACUGAGUCACUUAACAGCCCCAAAUAAAUAUGGUUUGUACCCAGGGAAUCCUCCUGGGCUUUGUAAUUUUGCUGAUUAACUAGAGGCACAAAAACCUGAUCAUUGUCUGAUGUCAAGUAUUUGAUAACAUAGACCAGGUUAUCACCCUUUAAACAACAGCAGCCACAGAGGUACUAAGCUUCUUCACACCUGUUUGACCCCUGCCAGCACAGUGAGCUUCUUGAGACUUGUUUCUUUUUUUUUUAACUCUCACCUUUCGUCUUAGAAUCAAUACUGUGUAUUGGUUCCAAGGCAGAAGAGUGGUCAGGGCUAGGCAAUGGGGAGGGGGGGGGGUUUAAGUGACUUGCCCAGGGUCACACAGCUGGGAAGUGUCUGAUGCCAGAUUUGAACACAGGACCUAAGACUUGUUUCUUCAGAGACUCAUUUCUAUACUCAUGUUACUGCUAAGACUACCAGAUAGGAGACUCAACAGUGGUUACAGAUUUCUCACCAGGGUACCCUACACAAUAAAAUCAUGAUUCAGACUUUAAAAAUGUCUUGCUCCAUGACCAUUUUUGUGACAAAAUGGACUGAGUCUAAAUUUGUCAAAACUUUCCAAUACCCCCUAAUACCAUUUAUUUUUCAUGGGAGGAGGGGGGAAGUAACUCUUGCAUUUAAAUGACAUGUGAGGGAGCAGCUGGGUGGCCCAGUGGAUUGAGAUGUAGACCUAGAGGCAGGAGGUCCUGGAUUCAAAUCUGGCCUUGGACACCUCCCAGCUGUGUGACCCUGGGCAAGUCACUUAACCCCCAUUGCCUAGCCCUCACCACUCUUCUGCCUUGGAGCCAAUACACAGUAAGAAGGUUAGGGUUUAGGAAAAAAUCUACAUUGGAAUAGACCUCUUAAGAGAAUGAGACCCAUAGAGCCUUAGCUUUGGAAAGAACUUCAAGUCAUCUACUAAGCCACUUAAGCAGCAAGAACUUAAUAAGGACCCAUUAUGUGCCAAGCACCGUCCUGGGUGCUGGGGAUAGAUACAAAGACAAAAAUGAAAUGGCCCCUAACCUGGAGGAGCUUACAGUCACUGGGAGGGAGGCAGGAAAAGCUGACAGACUCUAGCUUUGUAGCCUUGGGCAAAUCAUCUCACCUCUGCCUCAGGUCCCUCCUCUAUAAAUGGGGAGAAUAAUAGCACCUGUCUCACAAGGUUGUUUUGAAAAUUAAAUGAGGUCAUGUGUAAAGGGCUUUGCAAACCUUAAAGCUCUCUAUAAAUGUUAGCCAUAAUGUGGAGAGGAAGAGACAGCGUGGGGACAACUGGAGGAAAGGGCACUAAAAGCUGGAGGCAGAGGAGAAGGCUCCGCUUAGAAUGUGGCGCACGCUGCAUAAGGGAUUCGGAUAGGCAGAGCACAGGCACAAGUAGCAGGGAGAUCGGACUGUGUAUGAGGAAUACUAAGAAAGCCACUGUGGCUGGACUGGAAUGUGAGCAAAGAGAGGAGGGAGGGAGGGAGGUACAGGUGCUGAAGGAGAGGCAGAGGAGGAGCCUAUUGUUGAUCGGAGAGGUCCCUGGGAGCCAUUGGAAUUCCAGUAGUGCAGUGCCACAGUGAAACCUUCACCUUUGAAGAAUCAUUUUAAUUGUUGUAUAGAGGAGGAUAGAUCAGAAAGAAGGACUUAAGGUAAGAAGAACAGAUGGGGGACAGCUAGGUGGCUCAGUGGAAUCAGAGCCAGGCCUGGACACAAAAGGUGCCAGGAUCAAAUCUGGCCUCAGACACUUCCCAGCUGUGUGACCCUGGGCAAGUCACUUAAACCCCCCCCUCCCCAUUGCCUAGGCCUUCCCACUCUUCUGCUCUGGAACCAAUCCUUAGUAUUGAUUCUCAGGAAGAAGGUGAGGGUUAAAAAAAAAAAAGACAACCAAAUAGGAGAAUUCUGAUUGUUCAAAUAAUGGGGCCCUAAAUUUAAGCGAUAGCUCCACCUAAAUGGGUGGAGAGAAGAGAUCAGAUUGAAAAAUGACAAGAUUUGGCAACUGAUUAGAUGAGUGCCAUGAGGGGAUGUAAGAAGUAGAUGACAAGGAAGUUCCAAACCUGGGCAACUGGGAAGCUGUCAGUGACGCUGACAGGAAUAGGGAAAUUGGGAAGGGAGUUGGGGUUCAGGGGAAAAACCCAAUAUGAUUCUAUUUUGCACAUGGUGAUAAAUCAUUUCAGAAUUUCCAGUAGAUAGGGAGUAAUGCCAGAUUGGAAACUGGGGGGUGGAGGUGGGAUACAGAACUGGUUCUAUAGAUCUGGGAAAGAAGAAUUUAAAGAUAAUUAAGCCCAUGGAGUCAACCCAGCAUUUCAAUUGGGUUUUUUGUUUGUUUGUUUUUUAAUGGAGAGACUAGUUAUCCUUUUUAAAACCCAAUAAAGCAAUCUCAUUUAGGAAUGAACAGCUCACCCCAAUCAUGGAAGGGUACUUCCAGGUUCAUAAGACCUCUAGUAUACUAAGGGGAAAUAGGGUAUCAUCCAGCCACUGCACAUGCAAAUUAACAGCAUCUUGUGUUCUGAUUCCUGAUUAUCUGGAGAAAGGAACGUUCUCUGGUCCAUGCCAGAGACCAUUCUCUCACCUACCUCCUGGUGUGGAAGCUCCUUGCUUCCACAGCAGCCAAGAUAUUGACUGUGUGGAGAAGCUAACGUAGCAUGGGUGACAAGGAAAAUGGAGAGGAGGGAAAGGCGGUGCAUUGUCAAGUCCACCUCUCCCCUGAACCCUGGAUCUCAAGAGCAGUAAUGGCCUCACUAGGUUUUCUCAUCAGUGAAACGAAGGGAUUCGAAAAGAUGAUUUCUAAGCUCUCAGCCAACUCUCAGUGCCACAAAAGAUACAUAAGAUCAGACUGGAAGGGGCCUGAAAGGUCAUUUAGACCAUCAAUCUAAUUUUUUUAGGGAAAAAAACCAUAAAAUAAUUUGCCCAGAUUCAUCCAGCUAGAGAGAACAGCCUAGGAUUUGAGCCUGGGUCUACCUUCUCCACUAUACCAAGCUACCUCUUAAAGAUAAGAACAUUCAGACUUGAAUCUGGUCCUGAGGAAGUUGAGGCAAUGAAAGCCAGUGUUCAUCUGCCAAAAGUAGCAUGUCAUGAAGGAGGCAAAAGUAGAUGGCCUGCUUUGAAGGGGAAUAGGGAAAAAAUCAAAAUAGGUCCUGCCUGGCCUAGAGAUGGGAGGUCCUGGGUUCAAUCUGGCCUCAGACACUUACUAGCUCUGUGGCUGGGCAAGUCGCUUAGCCCUUACACUCUUCUGCCUUGGAACCAUACUUAAUAUUGAUUUUAAGACAGAAGGGAAGGGUUUUUGUUUUUUAAUAGGGCCAUCCUGGACCUGCCCUAGUACUAUCACCCAUCAUUGAGUACCAGGUGGCUUGAAUCAGCCCAGACAUUCUAGCCCUCCUUCUAUACAUGAUCCCAGUUAAAUCCAGCAGAGUUCCCCCCUCUUUAGCUGUUUCUACUGUUAUGAGCUAAAGGUAAGAAGGAACCAUUAGAAGUAGAAAAGAAAUAGAGAAAGUCAAGCCCUAAAUACACAAAGGUUCAUCAAAUAUUUCCUCACCAUCUAGAAAUUAACAUGGGGGUCCUGAACUUUUAAAAUAUUUUUAAAAAUUGUAACUAUUUCAAUAGAAUUGGCUUUCUUUGUAGUCCUUUGUAACUUAUUUUGUACAUUUAAAAACCUUAUUCUAAGAAGGUUUCACCAAAGGAAAUCCAUGACACAAAAAAAGGUUAAGAACAUCUGGGCUAGGGGGCAGCUGGGUGGCUCAGUGGAUGGAGAGCCAGGCCUAGAGACAAGAGGUCCUGGGUUCCAAUCUGGCCUCAGACACUUCCCAGCUGUGUGACCCUGGGCAAGUCACUUGACCUCCAUUGCCUAGCCCUUUCUGCUCUUCUGCCUUGGAGCCAAUACACAGUAUUGAUUUAAAUAUAUAUAUAUAUACAUAUAUAUAUAUAUCAAUACACAGUAUUGAUUCUAAGACAGAAGAUGAGGGUUUAAAAAAACAUCUGGGCUAGACUCUUUUUGAUAUUUUAAUUCAUUUCUGGGGUAGGGGUGGAAGUGGAAGCUGAAAAGAGUAUCUGGCAAUACAGCUCCUCUGCCAAAAAAAUCAAAAAGUGUUGGAGAAACAUGAGCAGCAGAAAGAGAAAGAAGUUCAGAAGGAGAUACAGAUAGAUAGAGCAAUGUUGAUACUACCAUGUUAAAUUUAUUAUAUACUUUUUAAAAAGAUGUAUGUUAAAGAAAUACAAGGUUUUACAUGCAAUCAUUUUUUCUAUUCUGUAUGUGGAAAUGUUUCUGGCUAUUUGUCAAGUUCAUAAGAAAAAGCAAAACAAAAAGAAAUAUCAAACUUU